AAGUUGCCACGCCCUGUGCGCUCCCUCGGGCGGCGGGGAAGGUGGCGGCGGUGUCAAGAUGGCGGUGGCGGGCAAGGGAGUGGUGUCGGCCGCCGUCAAGCCGAUCUUCAGCCGGGACCUGGGCGAGGCGAAGCGGCGCGUCCGGGAGCUGUACCGGGCCUGGUACCGCGAGGUGCCCAACACGGUGCACCUGUACCAGCUGGACAUCACGGUGAAACAGGGGCGGAACAAGGUGCGGGAGAUGUUCAUGAAGAACGCCCACGUCACGGACCCACGCGUGAUAGACAUGCUGGUUAUUAAGGGGAAAAUGGAGCUUCAAGAAACCAUUCAUGUCUGGAAGCAGAGGACUCACGUCAUGAGGUACUUCCACGAGACAGAAACCCCGCAACCUAAAGACUUCCUGUCCAAAUUCUAUGCUGGCCACAAUCCCUGAGAAACUGACUCUGUGUCUUCCUGCCGUAUAUUACAAAUAAAGUUCUAUACAAUAGAAAAAAAAAAUCCAUACCAAGAGAUUCUCUAGCAUCUUAGGAGCCUAAUGACUAGGUGAAUCCAUAGCCUGUGCAAGUGAUUAUGAUCUGUUUGAAGAGCUGUAAUUUCCUAGUUUUGCCAGUGUGUAUUUUCAGUGGAUGGCAUUUAUCCCAUCACUUGCCCUGGGCUGUUUGCUGAAUGACCACAACACAGCCUGGCUGCUGCUCUUUGUACUUAGCCUGCAGCCCCACAUGAAGAUGUUAGCUCUGUGAGGAAAAGGGCAGAAAUGUUCUUGUGCUUGAGGGAUAUGUGUAUUCAUGAAGUGUCUUGCAAUUUCAUCCUAUGAUUUUGGUGACCUUGUGUUUUUUACUGGACAUUAGUCUCCUUUGUUUCUCACAGAGAAAAUAUCAAAUCCAGUAGGCAAAUAAAAAAUAAAUCCUUGUGCAAUAAAACA